AUGAAUAGUUGUACUUUUAUUUUUAUCGAUAUCAACGAGAAUAAAGUUACAUUCAAUGUCAAGAAACCUAGUACCGCGUUGAGAUAUAUCGAUUUCUUCAAGAAAGUCUUAGAAAAUGCAAAGAAAAUGCAAUAUUUUUUCAAUAUUAACUACGAUGCUUUCACAAUUGAAUGCCAUUCUAAUAAAAAGCAUGUUGAUAUUAAUGAAAAUAUAUCCGAUGACGUUCAAGAACUAGAAUUCAGACAAAAAAUGAAAAAAACUAAAUUACAAAUAGAACCACAUUCAGGGAUAACACUAGAUAUACCAAUUAAUGAGCAAGAUCCUCCAAUUGACGAAAGUUGUAGAUUAGUUUUUAACGAUAUUAACGGGACUAGGAUUGUAUCAGAAGUUAAGAAACCCAACCGCGAGUUGAGGUAUAUCGAUGUAUUUGAGGAAUUUUUAAAUGAUGCGAAGAAGAAAGGGUAUUUUCGCAAAAUUAACAACGAUAUUUUUACUAUUGAGUGCAAAUCAAAUAAUGAACCUGUAAAACUUCAUGAAUAUGUACAUAACGAUGUUCAAGAGCUAGAAUUCAGACAAAAAUUUAAAACGGUUCAAGAUUUACUGAAAGACAGCAAGAUAACCAAAAAACAAAUAGACAAACAUCCAGAAUAUACAUUAAAUAUUUUAGAGAAUACAAAUCUCAAUAUCCCAGAUUUUACAAAUUUCAUAAUUAAAGAUUAUAAUAAAAAUACCUCCGAAUUGAUCGAAUUAGUUGAUUUAACAGACAACACUGCAUCUCAAUUUCCUUUAUCUCUGUCAGAAUCAAAAGAUAAAAAUUCUCCAGAAGAAUCAAUCAAAAUUAUCAUACAGUUCCUUGAUUUUUACAAUAUUAAUGUAAAUAAAGAAGAAAUAAGAGCUGUUUACCAAAUUAUUCCUCAAAUAGAUACUGUAAUUAACUUGUUUUUAGAUAAGAAUUCUCAAACUUUUUGA